AUGGCGUAUGAAAUACUAGAGCCGAGUAAGCUGGCGUCCAAGAUAGGAUCGAUCGUUCGGUGCACGGAUUUUCUAGGCACCCAAUUUCAAGGGGAGGUCGUGGCCUACGAUGAAGCUGUCAUGAAGUGUGUCGUUCUGAAAAUGCCUGCAAGCAACAAGAAACCAAACUUGUUCAACUUUACUCUUGUAAAUCUGUCAUUUCAAACCAAAAUUGAGUUAGUGAAAGAGGCCACAAUGGAGAACUUGAACAGCACAUUUCCUAAUGUCUCAUCAAAUAAAUUGGAUGCACGGGUACAGAUGAAUGGGGAAGAGAAAAUGAAGAGGGCCGAUUUCAUCAAGCCAGGAUCGAGUAUUCUAGCCCAGAGUCUAAUAUCCACAAUCAGUAAAACAAUCGAAGAGGUCAGAUGGUCAGGCGAUGACAUCAUAGUGUGGAACAAAAUAGUCAUCAAACCACCCUACAAACCCGACUGCUGCUUCAAAGUCAAGGACAGUGAUAGCCAAUCAGAAGCCCUGACUCAUGUCAACAAGAUAGUUGCAAAGUUUCAUGAAGAUCUUGAAAAGUAUAAAUUCAACCAGACUUCAUCAUCAGUGCUGUAA